UCACAAGUUCACAUUUUGAUAAGAAAUUUUGAUAAAAAAAUUGAAAAUUUUGAAAAUUUGCUACGUGAUUGAUGUGGCCAAAGGUGACAAAUUUCGAUCAAAAUGAGAAAAAUCGAGUCAUAUUCGAAUCGUUUGAACUUUCAACCGGUUUUCUUUUGAGUGAAAAAACCCCAUAUUUUAGCGAAUGUUUCUUCUCAAACAACCAAAAUGAUAUCGGAUUUGCUGAAUUUUUCUCUCCUGAUCAACAUCACCCUCAGUCUGACGAUGGGCUACCUCACAAUGAAAAUGAUCCCAUCGCUCAUCGAUAAAUUCAUCCAAGCGAAGCGAUUCGGCAUCGAUAUGAAUAAAAAAAGCAAACCGAAAAUACCGGAAUCUUUCGGAGUUGUGGCCGGCUGUAUGUUCUUAAUACACUGCUUCCUCUUCAUGUUAAUUCCAUUCGGUCAGUUGAUCGCUCAACCAGAACAUUUCUCCCAUAAUGAAUUCGUCGAAAUGUUGGCAUCUUUACUGUCGAUUUGUUGCAUGCUGUUGUUGGGAUUUGCUGACGAUGUAUUCGAUUUGAGAUGGAGACAUAAACUAGUUCUGCCAGUGCUGGCUUCGCUACCUUUAUUAGUGGUGUAUUAUAUUAAUUUUAAUUCUACUACGGUUCUGUUGCCGAAACAGUUUCGUCAUAUUUUAGGUUCAACUAUUAAUUUAGGAGUGUUCUACUACGUUUACAUGGCGAUGCUGGCUGUGUUUUGUACCAACGCCAUCAAUAUUUUGGCCGGUGUUAAUGGACUGGAAGUUGGUCAAAGUGUUAUUAUAGCUUUCUCUGUGUUGAUCUUGAACGUAAUCGAGCUUAUUAGGUCGUUCUCUCAUUCGCAUCUUCUAUCGUUGUAUUACAUCGUACCAUUUUUAGCUGUUUCGAUACCCUUAUUGAAAUAUAACUGGUGCCCAGCUCGUAUAUUUAUCGGUGACACAUUCUGUUACUUUGCUGGAAUGUUAUUCGCUGUCGUUGGAAUACUUGGCCAUUUUAGUAAAACAUUACUAUUAUUUUUCAUACCUCAAGUUUUCAACUUUUUAUAUUCGUUGCCACAGUUAUUCCAUUUUAUACCAUGUCCACGUCAUCGACUACCGCACUUAUCUCAAGAUGGCAGAUUAGAAAUGAGUCAAGUGGAAUUCUCUCUAAAUGAAGUGCCCUAUUUGGGAAGAAUAUUCUUCGAAUUAUUUCACAGACUGCGUCUAAUCAAAGUGAUUAAAAGGAAAGGUGAUCAAAUCACGUGUAAUAAUUUCACCCUGAUUAACUUGAUGCUGAAGAUAUUUGGUCCAACGUUUGAAGAAACUUUAACUACUAGAUUAUUGAUACUUCAGGUGAUUUGUAGCGUUAUUGCGUUUAGUAUUCGUUACCCGCUCGCUGCCUAUUUCUACGACGUAUAAAAUGUGAAUGUGAUACUUUCAAACUUGAUAUCUGUUUUGAUUUUUUAUCGAUACGAAAUCUCAGAUAAAAAUAGUAACAUUGUUUUUUUUAAAUUAUUUUUUUUAAAACGUUGUGCAUUUUAUUAUCUUAAUUUACCAUUGUGAUAUCAAAAAUGAAUCGUUACGAGAAUAAAUUUGUUUAAUAAAUCAACAA